GGGUGUUUAAUGUAUUGUGCAGCAGGUAGAUUUUUCUCUCCAGUAAUCACCCUAGCAACAACAAACAGCUCUGCCCCAACCGAAGCUCCAAUAAGCUUUAAAGCCAUGUCUUUCCUCACUUCCUCUCAACGCAUUGGGUUUGGUUUGGCACUCUCCAGUUAGCAGGCGGCCAUCUUGGAUAUAGCAAUCAAGAAAACUACCCUUACUUUUGGAAUGGGGAGGACUUUAACCGAACUUGGGUCUUUCGGGGUACCAGCACCGUCGGAAAACGGGGCAGCGCGCGUCGGAAGCUGAAAAUCAAUAGUAACCCAAGCCGCCAAAACUGGCUGCAAAUUCUGAGACAGGUUUUACGUUAACACCCCUUCCCCUCCCCUUUUUCCUUGACUAGACAUUCUGUGCAUUUGUAGAGAGCCCGUGAACUAUUGGAAUACAGUUUAUUCAGUUUUAGUUCCCUAAAAACGAAUUGGAACAUUUUGGAGCUCGGGGUUAUGGUUUGUUGUUGGACAACCUUUUGUGGGUUGUUGUGUUUUUCGCAAUCUGUCCCACCUCUGUACAGUAAUGCGGUUCGACAAUUUACCUAAUUAAUCUGUGGUCUAGACAUCUUCCAGCGUGUGUUUGCUGGAAUUUCGGCGUUGCGUUAAAUCCAUGUUCUUCAAUAGCAUUUGUAGACCUGCUUUCCUCCUGUUGGGCUAAGGUGCAACAAAAUAAAAAAGGAGACCCAGAACGCCGAACCACUUCGUGGAACAAGACAUUAACAUGUCAACCAGAACGCCACUACCUACUGUCAAUGAGCGUGAUACUGAAAAUCACACCUCGCACACCGAUGGGCGCAACGAGGUCACCACGCGGCCCGUCCGCUCAGGCGCCCGCUGCCGGAACUCCAUUGCCUCGUGCGCCGACGAGCAGCCACACAUCGGCAACUACCGGCUGCUCAAAACCAUCGGAAAGGGCAACUUUGCCAAGGUCAAGCUGGCGCGUCACAUCCUCACGGGCCGAGAGGUUGCCAUCAAAAUCAUCGACAAGACACAGCUGAAUCCUACCAGCCUUCAAAAGCUCUUCAGGGAAGUCCGAAUAAUGAAGAUUCUAAACCAUCCAAACAUUGUGAAACUGUUUGAGGUGAUAGAGACUGAGAAGACUCUCUACCUGGUGAUGGAAUAUGCCAGUGGAGGGGAGGUCUUUGACUACCUCGUAGCACAUGGGAGGAUGAAGGAGAAGGAGGCCAGGGCUAAAUUUAGACAGAUUGUGUCAGCUGUACAGUACUGCCAUCAGAAACACAUCGUACACAGAGACCUGAAGGCUGAGAACUUACUCCUGGACGCCGACAUGAACAUCAAGAUUGCCGACUUUGGCUUCAGUAAUGAGUUUGUCAUGGGAAGUAAGCUGGACACGUUCUGCGGCUCUCCUCCCUACGCCGCCCCAGAGCUGUUCCAGGGGAAGAAGUACGACGGGCCCGAGGUGGACGUCUGGAGCCUGGGGGUCAUCCUGUACACGCUGGUGUCAGGGUCGCUGCCCUUCGACGGUCAGAACCUCAAGGAGCUGAGAGAGCGUGUUUUAAGGGGUAAAUACCGUAUCCCUUUCUACAUGUCCACCGACUGUGAAAACCUCCUCAAGCGUUUCCUGGUGCUCAACCCAGCCAAGCGCGGUACACUUGAGGUGAGGGAGGAAGGCCAAAAUCAAAUCAUGAAGGACCGGUGGAUAAACGCCGGCUGUGAAGAGGAUGAGAUGAAGCCCUUCGUGGAACCAGAAACGGACAUCACGGACCAGAAGAGAAUAGACAUCAUGGUGGGGAUGGGCUACACUCGGGAGGAGGUGACUGAGUCUCUAACCAGGAUGAAGUACGAUGAGAUCACCGCCACCUACCUGCUACUGGGAAGGAAGUCCACAGAGUUGGAGGUCAGUGACUCCAGUUCUAGCAGUAAUCUGUCUCUGGCCAAGGCGCGGCCCGCCAGCGAGCACAACAACAACGGCCAGUCUCCGGCCCACCUCAAGGCCCAGCGGUCCAUCUCCGGCACCCAGAAACAGAGACGCUACAGCGACCAGGCCGGUCCGUCCAUUCCCUCGGUGGGCUACCCCAAGAGGAGCCAGACCACCUCGGAUGACAACGGCGACCACAAAGAGGACGGGGGUGCCCAGCCACGGAAGUCAGUUUCACCAGGCGGGCGUGGUGGCAGCGGUGCCCCUGCCAGUCCCCUAUUGGGUAACGCCAACAACCCUAACAAGGCCGACAUCCCCGACCGCAAGAAGGGCUCCACCACACCCAGCACUAACUCCACAUCAGGGGGCAUGAGAAGGAGGAACACGUAUGUGUGUAGUGAGAGGAACGCCUCGGACCGCCACUCUGUCAUCCAGAACGGAAAAGAAAACAGCAUGAGUGAAAUGUCGGCAGCCUGUGCAACUAGCCCCUCUGCCUACGCCAAGGCCCUCACCGUCUCCUCAGCCUCGGUCCGCCUGCGCCACCAGAAGGCCGCGUCCCUGUCGGCUUCGGGCCACACCUGCCGCCAAACGCUGCCACCUACCGAUGGCGACUUCUUCAGGCCUAACACGUCGACGACGUCUGGCCAGCGGAACCCCGGUGGCUCCUCCACCCACAGCAUCAGCAGCGGCGCCACGCCCCCCGACAGGCUGCGUUUCCCCCGCGGCACAGCCAGCCGCAGCACCUUCCACGGCGGCCAGCUGCGCGAGCGUCGCACGGCCACCUACAACGGCCCGCCGGCCUCACCCACACUGUCGCAUGACGCCACGCCCCUCUCGCAGUCCCGCAGCCGAGGCACCACCAACCUCUUCACCAAGCUCACCUCCAAACUCACGCGCAGAAACAAGUCAUUCAGGUUUACCAAAAGAGGCCCGGCAGAGUUUGAGAGAAACGGGAGGUUGGAGAGCUCAAGUCGCAACAUGUCAGGUGAUCAGAAGGAGGACCAGCAGCAGCUCCAGCAGCAUCCUCAGCCCCCUCACGGCCAACACCCCAAGGACACCAAGCCGCGCUCCCUCCGCUUCACCUGGAGCAUGAAGACUACAUCGUCCAUGGAGCCUCACGACAUGAUGCGCGAGAUCCGCAAGGUGCUGGACGCCAACAACUGCGACUACGAGCAGCGCGAGCGUUUCCUGCUGCUGUGCGUGCACGGAGACGGCCACGCUGAGAGCCUGGUCCAGUGGGAGAUGGAGGUGUGCAAGCUACCGCGCCUCUCACUCAACGGUGUGCGCUUCAAGCGGAUCUCGGGCACGUCCAUCGCCUUCAAGAACAUAGCGUCCAAAAUUGCCAACGAACUCAAAUUGUAGGUCCUCCUAGGGAUAUGAGGGGGGGGGGGGAGUGUUUACCACGCAGGUAAAAUAUUGCGGUUCAAAACUGACUAAAGCAACGUAACGUGGGGAAAGAAAGCAUUUUGAAAUGGACUUGAGUCAAGUCGAAUCUGAACGAGCUGUACAGUCGUUAUAAAAAAUUAAAAAACAUAAGUAGCAGAUCUACGGAUUUCCUCCGAGACACUUACAAAGUAUGUAUUGAAAACGAUGUAUAGCUUUAGGCAAUAAUUUCCUGUGUCUUUGGAGCAUUAUCCUUAUUAUUAUUAUUAUUAUUAUUAUUAUUAUUAUUGAUGAUGUAACAGGUGGUCUUGAGCUGUCGCGAACGUUGGUCUGAAAUUGACAUGUUCUUUGGGUCUUGUUUUAUUGAUGAAUGCACUUUUGCAUUGUCUCCUUUGUGGCUCUGGAAAAUACCUCUCAAAUGGGAGUUUAAACUCAUACAAGGGAGGGAGAGAAGUGGAGGAGGAACACAAAAACUGACCCCCUCCCGCUGUUACAAGUACCCAGAAUUCCUCUUGCAAGGAGAAUAUGGCUGCCAGAUAUGACUGGUUGGAAUAGUUAGGCUUGCUAAUAGGGCUGCCAGAUAUGACUGGUUGGAUAGCCUAGCUAAUUGCACAACAAGUGACUGUAUUAUUGUUAGCACUGUCAAACUGAUUUUGACAGUCAAUUGCGCUCUCUCCCAUUUACUUAACCAACCUCUACACAUACACACAGACUUUCAUUCUAUGAUUUGAAGCCGUUGAUCAUCAGUGUUCAUCUGUGUGGUUACAGUAUAAAUGCAAUGUAUGGACUCAGCUGGUCAAGCCCCUGCUGUAUGGGGUCACCCACCACAGAGAGCAGGGGCUGGAGGAGGCCGGCGCCGCGACAACGCACUUUGGCAGACCCCUGCUUCAAAACAGGGGAAUGUUGCCAAGUAUCAUGGGACUUUGAUUCAUUUGCUACAAAAAAAAAGUAUUCACAGAAAUAGGGAAGAUUUUCCUUCCUGGCGUAUAUGAAUAUUUAGUGGUUUUUCCUUUGAUGUUGUUCCAUUUUAUUUUAUUUUUUUACGGUUAUCUUCUCAGAUGUUACUGAAAUGCCCCCCGCUAUCUGGUCCCGCCCACCCGGGCCCACGGGCUGAGUCAGAUGCGGUCGGCCAUUCCUGGGACACAAAAGUUCAAAGUUCAACCAUGGCUGUUUUCAGGCCUCCAGUAUUCACUCCCAUCCUCAUAUAAACAUUGGCACUAUUUGAAAUUUUUUCUGGAAUGUAAAUAAUGUACCUCAGUUUGGCAACAGCUGUAUAAUGAUAUACUUCCCCUUUUCUGUAAUGAGACGGGAGCUGUGGAAUUAACGUUAACUCAUUCGUCCCUGGGUAAGGUUAACCAGUGUCUCCAUUAAAACACCUUAAAAAUGA